CGAUCAUGGAUGAAAACCAGUCGGACAUAACAAGCAACAUCGUAUUACCGGACACAGCCGAACAUCAUCUUGGAACAACCGACGAAAGCAAUCAUGAAAAUGGCGAUCAGGUAAUGCACACAAUAACACUCUGAACAUACACACACAGAAUAAAAAGAAUAGUGAGAGCGAAAAGAGAAAUUAGCAUGCAUAUCAAAUUGACAUCGAAAUCAUAAAAAAUCUGAUGGAUUGAAUACACAUAUGUAUAUGAAUCGCAAACUUAACAAAACUAAAACAGAAAAGUAGCGAAGGAAACGAAAAUAACAUAAUACUUAAAGGCCAGCGCCAAGACAUAGAUCGAGAGUGUGAGAGAGAGGAAACACAAUUUUUAAUUUAACAUAUAUCAAAAGUACAUUUAAUACGCGAAUCGAUGUAUAGACACGUUAAAACGUAAACAACUCAUGCAUUAGAGCGGGAGAAUAUCAUCCAGUGCUUGAAAAACAGAGAUAAUAGCGAACACACACACACACACUCUCACAAAAACUGCCCCACAACUUUCGAGUUUAAGAUUGCCAAAAACAAAAGAAAACCAAAACAAAACCAAAUUUAUGUCUGUAAAACAGGGUGGUCAAAACCAACGAACAACGACACGAUUGGUCGCUGCCACCACCGAAAGUGGAACAGUCGUAUCAGUGCCCGUUUCAUUACCAUUACUAGGAACUACUUUUAAUGUCAUUACACCGGAUCAAUUGCCGCAUUUCAAACAGAUGCUAUGCGUCGAUAGCAAUGGUUUCUUGUCCGGUAAUGUGGUCGGAGAUGUCGGUGACCUGAAACCGACUCACAUUGUCAUACAGCAACAACAAACCCAACAGACGGCUACAAUUAUUGAUCAGCAGCCACCACCACAACCACAGCCGGAGCAACCACAACAGCAGCAACAAAAACAACCGCAACAGCAACAAUCGUCUCAGACGUCAACGACCAAUUGGAAUGAUACAAUGAACCUAGAAGUUUUACCGGUACGAUGUAAGACAACCACGGCGGAAUUGUACAAAACACGAUUGGGAUCAGGUGGUCGAGGGCGUUGCAUAAAAUACAAGGACCAAUGGUUUACGCCAAGUGAAUUUGAAAAUUUGUGCGGCCGCGGUUCAAGUAAAGACUGGAAACGAUCAAUUCGUUUCGGUGGACGAAGUUUACAGGCACUAAUUGAUGAAAGUAUCAUAACACCUCAUGCAACUAGUUGCACUUGUUCGGCAUGUUGUGACGAUGAUUCGACGGCCUCGGGACCGGUACGCUUAUUCACGCCGUAUAAACGUCGAAGACGAAAUCAAACAAAUGCAGAACAAUCGCCGAAUAGCGAACGAUCUAAACAGAAAAAACCCAACGAAGAGGAAGUUGAACACGAUCAAGGAAUUGUAACCAAAGAAGAAACAACAUGGGAAUCCAUAACUGAUGGAAUUGACGGCACAAGCGAAUACAUUGACUCGUCGUCACAAAUUCUUUCUGAAUCAAAUAUACCUUACGAUCGUUUAAAAACCAUAUGUGCCCAAAUGACCAAAGCAACAAACGAAUUUCGUCGAUGUAUAAUGGAAGUGAAAGAGGCGCAUGCACGUCAAAUUGAUCGUUUACAACGUGAACGCGAUGCAGCUCUGAUGGCUGCCCGUGUGCAUGCCGACGUUGAUGACCCAAAUAACGUGCAACAAAUGCCUGGUGUAGAAAUUCCCACUACGAAAAAGUGCGCCAAUUGUAAUCGCGAGGCAAUGGCUGAGUGCUCAUUGUGUCGUCGAACGCCAUAUUGUUCAACAUUUUGCCAACGAAAGGACUGGAAUGCGCAUCAGGUUGAAUGCACACGUGAUCCAAAUGAAGCCACACAACAAAUUAUGCUACUUGUCGAUGAACAAGCAUAAAGUUUUUUGUAGAAUUUCAUUUUACAUUUAUAUUUUAAUAUGAACCUAGUUUAUACAUGUUCAAGAGAGAAAAAAAGAAAGAGAGAGAGCGAGAUCGAAAGCAAAAUGAAUGAUUAUGACACAUUUAUUGCAUGGAUGCAACCAAAAAAAAAGAGAGAAACAAAACACUUAGAGAGGGUUUCAACUUCUUACGAAAAAAAUACAAUUGCGUAUGUCGGUAAUAAUUUUUAUACACGAAAUCACUAGUGAAAACGAUCAAAUAUAUGUAGUCAUUCAGUCUCUGUAUUACUUCUCGUCAACCGGAUCCAACGAGAGCCGGAGAAAGAUUUUUUUUUAAAAGAAAAUAAAUAACAACGUCAUUCGUAAAAUGAUGAGAAAGCAACCGGAAACAAUCGUGCAAAUUUAGCCAAUUAAUGACAUUUAUUACAUCAUAAGCAAAACUUCGUUCAAUUUUAGUGUAUCCAUUGAUAUGACAUCUUUUUUGUUUUUUUUUUUUGUUGAUUUGAAAAGAGAGAAAAAGAAAGAAAAAAAAAUCAUGUAAAUUUAGAAAAAUCAAUAAUUCGGCUAUAAAUAUUUCACAUUUUUGGACUUUCCAAUAUCAUCGAUUUUAGAGGAAAAAAAUUAUUGUAUGAAAGAAUUGUAUUCACUUCAAAAGGGAUAAAAAGUGAAAAAGAUAUGCUCAAAUAUGUUCAAAAUUGAAUAACCCGAUUUGCAGUUUUAAUAAUCCACUGUCACAGCAGUGUAAUAUAGAUAAUAUAACUACUUCGGAACCAAAUUUUAUUUUGGUAAUAUCAAUACGUCUUUACUAUUUCCCUUUUCUAUCUAUCAUUUUUUUUAUUAACAUUUUCGCUCCGAUAUCAAGCGAAAAUCCAAUCACACACGUCUAAAGAGGAAAAAAACCACAAAUCUAUCUAUAUACAUAUGAAUUUCGAUAUACUAUUUUUGUAACAAUUAUUUACAAACUCUUUUCAAUCGAUCAACAUAUUGAACAUAUGAUUCAUUGGCUUGUCUUGGCUUUAUCUUUGUCGCGUCCACUUCUAUCAAUGAGAUGUAUAGUCAAUUUUUUUCAAGAUGCGCAUUGAUUCAAACGGAAGAAGAAGUAGAAAAAAACAAAAUAUGUAAAAAAAUUAAUAUUAAAUCUAAA